GUUAGGACCAAAGACUCCAGGAUAGAGAACUUAGAAGGUUAUUUAUUUAUAUUUUCCUCCAGUGAGCCUCUAGUCUUGAUACACGGGGACAUGUUUUCCUUGUUGGCAAGACCCACAGUUACCAGCUGCAGUCGGGACAUUAUGCUCACUGCUAGUUACAGAGUUUACAAGAGACUUCAGUGUUUGUUUUUUAACCCUCCCACAACCUUGAGAGGCAAACAGAACCAGCAUUGCCUCCAUCUGACAAUUGAGGAAAUAGGCUGGGAGAGGUUGAGCAACUUACCUAAAGUCACACAGCAAGACGCAGGGCCCGGCUUUCCCCUGGAUCUGACUCUGUCCCAAACUCUUUCCACCACGCUAUGCUCUAAUAAUAUAUAUUCGUUUUCUUGGUUAGGCCACCAGCAUCUAGAACAACUUCCGAAUUCAUGUCAGCGUGUUGUACCAUAACUCUGUUUCCAUAAGAUGCGUGCAGAUAUUGGAAAGCGAUCCCUGUGGCCUUGGAGUUCGUUUUACUUUGUUUCGCACUCUUCCCAUCAGGGGACCCUGGGCCAGGGCAGAGCCCUGCUAGCUGGCGGUUCUCUGAAGGUUGCUGGGCUCUUUCUGCUGAGUAGCUGCGUCAUUCAGUUCCACUGUGUUACGAAAUUCACUAAAUGGCAUGUUAAAUGGUCUGUUGGUGUGUCUUACUGGUGGGCCCUUCCAAUAAUACUCUGUCAUGAUUGUGGGGCUCGGUAUUGAGAUGCGUACUUGGAUUAUAGAUGGUCCUUACAUCUCUAAAACCCGUCUCCCGGAAAGCCACUUUCCGCGUAAGGUCGGUUCCGGCUCCAUCACUGAUGAUAGCUUUUAGCAAGUCACUUCAUUUGGUUCCUGAUUUGUCAGCUUCCGGGAAGCUGCAUCCUCAGAUAAAAAUAGUAGGGUGUGAUUCCCCUUUCUCAGAUCAGGAAGCUAGAGAGAACUAAGGGGUUUUUUGUGUGUUUGUUUGUUUUGGUGUUGAUAGACUCCUGAAAAAAAUGGCUAAAGCAAACUUCAUAUAUAAGACAUUUUUCUUCUUUUUAAAAAAGUUCAUGUUCCUCUGUUGAGUUCUAUUAUACCUUUAGAAAAAUGUUCUUUCACCCCCCCCAACCCCAAAUUAAACCCCCUGCACACUGAGAACACAUUCCAGGAGUGUUCUGCCCUGGUGAGUGUGGGAUCUUUGCAUUAACCGUCUUCGGACCCGUGGUCAGGGAUUCUGUUCGGUCUCAUCGUCCUCUGAGACCGUGCACAUACGAACAUUAACAUUCUGUACCUGGUCGAUUCCCAUCUUUAUCGGGUGCUGCUGCUGACUGGCCUUGCGUGAGACAUGGUCCCUCCCCAGGGGGCGGAAGGUUCUGGCGUGUGGAAGGGAACCGAAGCCAGAGGAGGCACUGAUGUCCACUCGGUGGUGGCAGUGUGAAGGAGUCACCCACUGACAUGCCGUGUCCCAAACUGCAGUCCUCUAGUUCCGCUUUUGUGAUUUGGCUAAAUGCGCUCAAUCACUACUACUACCCGAUUGAAAUUGACCCACUCCAGACCAUCCAGGAGAAGCUACCUCACAUGGUGGAAUGGUGGACCAAGGUGCACAAUCUCCUGUGUCAGCAGAAGAUUCAGAAGUGUCAGAUCGCUCAGGUGGUGAGAGAGUCCAAUGCAAUGCUGCGGGAGGGCUACAAGACGUUCUUCAACACCCUCUACCAAAACGACAUCCCCCUUUGCAUCCUCUCCGCGGGCAUCGGGGAUGUCCUGGAGGAGAUCAUCCGCCAGAUGAAAGUGCUGCACCCCAACAUCCGCAUCGUGUCCAACUACAUGGACUUCGACGAGGACGGUUUCCUGCGGGGAUUCAAGGGCCAGCUCAUACACACGUACAACAAGAGCAGCUCCGCGUGCGGGCACUCCAGUUAUUUCCAGCAGCUCCAGGGCAAAACCAACAUCCUCCUGCUGGGCGACUCCAUGGGGGACCUCACGAUGGCCGACGGGGUUCCGGACGUGGAGAACAUUCUCAAGAUUGGCUUCCUCAAUGACAAGGUGGAGGAGCGGCGGGAGCGCUACAUGGAUUCCUACGACAUUGUGCUGGAGAAGGACGAGACGCUGGAUGUGGUCAACGGGCUGCUGCAGCACAUCCUGCACCAGGGGGCUGGAGACGCGGGGCUCCUGAGUGCGCAGGCGCAGACGCAGGGCCAGUCCCCGCAGCCGUGACGCCGAGGCGCACCCCUGCGGGGGCGCUGCUCUGCCGUGAGCCUCGCGUGUACGGAGGACAGUCCACAGCACCCACGAGCUGCUGGGCCCUCACCCCUCCUCCUCCUUCCCCUGACGCUUUCCGCAUUCCCUCUGGGUUCCUCAAGGCCUGAGGGAGGCUCUGCCGGGUGGGAGGCAGCAAAAGUCAUUCCCAGUGAAUCGGACCUGCAGGGUGUUCGAGCUCUGGGGACCAUUGGGUCCAGGAUUCUUUCUUAUCAAAAAUGCUUACCAUGGAAAGCAUUCUGUUCUUCAACAAAUCGGAUGUGUGAAGCAGGUCAAAAUAAAAAAAAAAGUUAAAACCA